CGCGAUGAAUUGUUUAUUCUUUUGUUUCAGAUAGGCUGCUUUCGUAUUGCUAUUCAUGUCAUCGAAGAACGACGUCAUUAGCCCAUAAAUUUGACGACAUUAGUCAAGUUGGCGGAAGAAAUAUUUUAGCUUUUCAUCCGUUGCUAACCGUAUCUCUGCAUCUUCUGGGGAAUGUUUUGACUCUUUGAAGGAAAGCUUAAUUCUCAAAGGGACUGCUAAAUCGCGGUGACAACUUUACUUGGCCCAUUUACAACAGCUGUUGGAAUUUAUAUUCUUUUUGUCCCUGGGGCAGUCCAGUAUGAAAGUUCGUGAAGCAACUUGGCGCCUUUCUGUUCUCGCCAUUCUGAUGUCGAUUUCCGUUCCUGCAGUAAGCUGUAUUGAUCAUUUAUAUCGAUAUCAGAGUUUCAUAAAACCCAAGAACAAAGUUCCUAUUGAGAUUUCAGAAGAGUACCAUCACAACCUUAGACAUAGAAGAGAUUCUAAUAAAGGUCUAAAAAGUGUUAAUGAUACGUUUGAAUACUAUCACACCCAAUAUUCAAGUAAUGGGAAAGAUAAAUACUGGUUAGAACUUUCAAAUAAUGCUGAUGCUGUUAAAGAUGACUACUUGUCUGGUGGAUCAUUGAGAUCUAAGAUUUUCCAAUUGAAGUUUACAUUUCCAUAUUAUGGCCAUCCAGUUACCAACCUCUCAAUAACUACUGGAGGCUUCUUGUAUGUUGGCUAUGUGGAAACAAGUCUCAAGAUGAAGGUUAUGUAUGUUGCACCACUCAUGGCUUUCUUCAAUACUUCUAUUAAUGCCAGCUCAGCCAUCUACCACUUUAGCAAUGCUUCUCAGUUUACUGCUCAGUGGACAAAUGUCCAACUUCAAAAUGCUCCAAAAGUUGGCCAGUUCACAUUUCAAUGUACCUUGUACAAAGAUGGAAGAAUUGCCUUUGCCUACAAGACGCUUCCUGUCCCAGCAAAAAAAAUCCCGGAAGUCAAAGAACAUCAUGUCAAAGUUGGUAUUUCUGAUGCUUUUAUUGGGUACAAAUGGUGGUUUAUAAAAGGAAUGCUUCGUAAAGUGCGAAUAUUCUACAUUUACCAUUCUGUAGAUUAUAAAAUGGACAACAUCAAAACAGGCUCAUCUUUGUUGUUAACUCCCUUAAAGAAUUGUGUGAUCGCUAAGGGCUGCAGUCAGUGUAUCAACUUAACAAGCCAAACAAGUUUUUCUUGUGCCUGGUGUCCCAAACUUAACAGAUGUUCUGAUGGAUUGGACAGACAUCGCAUUGAAUGGAUUGAAAAAUCCUGCAUUACACAGUCAAUUCAAAAGAGUGACAAGUGUGACUCUAAAAUGAAUGUCAUCUCCAAUACCAAGGACAAGGACAACAGAAUGUCUGGUGCAACAAUAGGAGCCAUUAUUGCAAUCCCUCUGGUUUUGAUAAUAGUCAUUGCAAUAGGAGGCUGGUGCUUCUAUGCAUAUACCCACCCUGUUUCGAGAUCUGGACUCUUCCUGAUUGAUCUUCAGCGUAAGCCAGGAGAAUUAUUCAGAAGAGCCAAUAGUGCAGCUGCAUCUGCUACAACUGGAGCAACUACUGACKCAAGCAAAGCAUAGACUGACAGCUAUUCAAGCUAAGGAUUUGAAAUAGCAACACAGAAUAAAAUCAAGAAUUGUAAAUAUAGUACACAUAAAUUUACACUAUUUGUAUUAGAUGAAGCAUACUUCCCUUUGCUAAAUUUUGCAGUAAUACGUAUUGCAGAUCUAAAGACAAACACAGGAGGUACAAGAUGAAAAUCCUAGGAUGUACCCCUGUUUAUUGAAAUUUAGAAUUAGUGAACAGUUGCAUACACAGUAAACCUAUACAUAGGUGACAAAAAACAGAAAACAUUACAUAACAGUUUACCUCAAAUACGUUUUUUAAUAGUUACUGUCCAUCAAGCAGUCUUAAAAAUGCUUUAGCUAAGCUAGCUCGUUUCGAGAAAGCCUUUCACUGUUUUGGCCAAAUCAUUAACCCAGUCCAGAAAAGCUUUGUACAUAUUUUUUGCAAAAUAUCAUGAUAUUUAGAUUCAUGCAAUGUAAAUAUUAUUAUUAAUUAAUUGAUUACCACUAUUUAAAUCACAAKGCAAUAAUUUAUUUAAAAACGACUCUUUUAUUUACAAACACUAUCACUCUGUGCAAAAUAUAUUUCAAUUGAUAUUUUUAAAUAGAAAAUUUACAAAAURCCUUUGAAAAUAAUAAUUUAUAAAAAAACAGUGAACAUGUCCAAUGCACAAUGUUUCUCAAAUUUAGUAAAAAAUGCACUUUAAUUUAAUAAAGAAUGUGCUGGUUUAYGCA